ACUUGGAGAGAGAAUCAGGAUGUGACAUCACUUGCAGGAAAAAAAAGAACAGUUCUUGAAAGCAAACUUCAUAAAGUAUCUCCGUGUGACAGGAGCUGGGAGGAUUCUCUGCAUCUCCUAAAUGUUGUCUGACACAUCCCGAGGACCCCGGAGUGAGGACCUCCACCACCCAACAUCUGUCUGCUGAUCCUCAGCCCCCUGGAGACUAUGGCACUAUGCCUUACGCAGGUAUUCAAUAAAGACAGAACUUUUCGUCCGAGGAAGAGGUUUGAGCCGGGGACCCAGCGCUUUGAGCUGUACAAAAAGGCUCAGGCGUCCCUGAAAUCAGGCCUGGACCUGAAGACGGUGGUCCAGCUGCCACCUGGGGAGAACAUCAAUGACUGGAUAGCUGUUCAUGUUGUGGACUUUUUCAAUAGGAUUAACCUGAUCUAUGGAACCAUGUCUGAGUUCUGCACAGAAAGGAGCUGCCCCGUCAUGUCUGGGGGGCUGAGAUAUGAAUACAGGUGGCAAGAUGAGCACAAGUUUAAGAAGCCCACCAAGGUGUCUGCUCCACUGUACAUGAACAUGCUGAUGGAGUGGAUUGAAACCUUGAUAAACAAUGAGGACAUAUUUCCAACCAGAAUGGGGGUCCCUUUUCCAAAGAACUUCCAGCAAGUCUGCAACAAGAUCCUGACCCGGCUUUUCCGGGUGUUUGUCCAUGUGUACAUUCAUCACUUUGAUGGGAUCAUAAGUGUGGGAGCCGAAGCCCAUGUCAACACCUGCUAUAAGCAUUUCUACUACUUCAUCACAGAGUUCAGCCUGGUAAAUCACCGGGAGCUGCAGCCGCUGAGAGAAAUGACUGAGAGAAUCUGCCACUGACACGGACCCAGAUCUCCUCUUUUAAUGUGACCGAUCCAUUCAAUGUGAAUCCCAUAAGAGCCUCAAUAUUACUGAUUCAUGGAACUUGCAGCAACCAAAAUGAGGACCCAGUUUAUUUAUUAAAUAGUUCCCCCGUGAUCAGAUCACAGACUUUCACGGAAUUAAGACAUGAACAGCAUCAAUGCAAAACCCUGAUAAUGAAAGGGUGAAAUGAAGGCGGCAUGAAUGUCUGAUUGGAGCAACAGAUGGUGGGGGUCAUAUUUACUAAAACGAACAAGUAAUUACCCCUUCUAAUACUCCCUUACACUGUGAUGAAAGUAAAUGGUCCGGUGUAGAAUCCUAUUACCUGGCAUAGCCACAGAAAUGAUGUUAUGACUUAGUAUGGACUCCCAGCAUCCAGAAGCAAUGCCCUAUAGCCUGGGGUGCUCUUGUAGCAGGGAAAUCUGCAGUGGACGCUUACGUUCUUCUCUGUUAUUUACAUCAGAUCAUUUUAUCCUCCGGGAUCUGGAUAAAGUAGUGCGACAUCCAUUCUACAUACACUGGGCAGUGUUAAGAGUUGCACGUAUUUGGCACUUGUGACAUUUUGGAAAAGGCACAUACGUGAAUGGAGUACAGUACGGGGUGUGAUCUCGCGGGUAAAGCAUGCCCCCUUCAGAUGGCACUUGUUUUGCAAUACACAGAUCUUGAAAUUCAUAAACUGAGUGCAGGUUUGGAAGCUGAUGGUGACUAUUGACGCAUCUUUUCUCUGGUCACUUCUAUAGUCUAUAGAUAUAACAGCUGUGCAAUUCUACAACAGAUGUGGAACCACACGUCUACACAAAAGGGGCAUCAAAGUAAGGCCCAUAGUCCAAAUGAUUUACUUCUCAUAGAUACAGGAGGUAACAUUCCUGGAUUGUGCCAGUGCCCUGAUGAAAGAAAUGUGCUCUUUCGUCAAGGCUAGUGCUUUCGGGUAUGGGUCGACCCAACUUAGGUCGACAAUCAUUAGGUUGACCACUGAAGGUCGACAUUGCCAUUAGGUCGACAUGGGCAUUAGGUCGACAGGUUAAAAGGUCGACAUGAGGUUUCUGACUGUUUUUGGUGUUGUUUUCUCCGUAAAGUGACGGGGAACCCAAAUUAGUGCACCGUGUCCCCUCGCAUGGCUACCGUUCCAAUCGUAGUCCACGUGGAUCGUUAAGUAUGAAAAAAUCCAAAAAAUGAAGAAAAAAAAUGUGAAAAACUCAUGUCGACCUUUUGACCUGUCGACCUAACGACCACGUCAACCUAAUGAGUGUCGACCUAACGACUGUAACCCGUGCUUUCAUAGGGCCUUAUAGUGUGUACACACGGUGGGAUUCCGGCUAUGCCUGAUUCUCACGGUGCGACAGGGACUGUGGUCGGUAUCGUAAGCCUAGAUGACCGUGCUUGUAAUACUGGCUAUGUGUGAUUUUGGCUAAAGCUAGGUACACACUAUACAAUUAUUGGUCCGAUUUGCCAAUAAUUGGGACAUCGGCCUGAUUUAUUGUAUAGGGUGUUCGAACGAUCGUGUUGGCGUUUCGAUGAUAAUUCGGGAAAAUCUUGCACACACCCGAAUGAUCGAUUUUCCGAUCAAUCGGCCGAGAACCAAAUUAUCUGCCACGAUCUCCUGAUAUGGAGCAGUGUGUGUAUGUUCUCAAUAAUCUGCCCAUAUUUCCUAUGGUUUCCGGUGACUAUGUCAUCCUCCAUGCGGGCGGACAUAUGCAAAUGCGGUGUGAUGUGUAGCUCAGAUAUUGGUGCCUACAAUUUCCUGAAAAAUCCAAUUGUCGGGCAGACCAGAAAAAAAUCUGACAGUGUGUAAGUAGUUUUAGUGUCAAUUUUGACUAUACUUUUAUACUAGAUAGUCAAAAUUGACGUGCCUGCACAGUCUAUCUAGGCUUGUGAUACCGGCCUCGCAGGACCGCGCAUCGGCAUUGCGAUUGCAAGGUGACUUUCACCUUGCUAUCUGCAGUAACUUUCCUUGCGAGUUUGACUAUAUAGUCAAAAUCGCAAGUAAAAAUCUCACCGUGUGUACACACCUUUAGUGUGUGACACAUUUUGUGCUUUGAAGGUAGGCAUAGAGAUUCUGGCACAAAGAAACACUUAGUAACAAGUAUAUGUUGAGCCACGCGUUUCGCCAAGUACUGUAUGUCAAACUUUAAAGCCACAUUAUUGCUGUGCAGGCAUAAAAACUAUAAAUUAUUCUGCCAAGUAGUUUUUUAACCUGCCAUUCACCGGAUACCCCAGAGAAAAGACCAUGUGACUCAACCCACGACGGUGUCUGGAGUCCCAAUAAAUAGGCAAUGAUGCUGCUUUGAUUUAUCCUGCUGAGAUAGAGGCCCUCAUUCAGCUUGGAUUGCUAAUGUCCGAAAUUUGCGAACGGGUGGUUUUGGGACAUUUGCGCAUGCGCGGACCUUUACAGUACGUUGCAUUCCUGAAAAAUCUCUGGAAAAGGGGGAAGUUGUUCACUAAGGUGGGUCCAUCUAAAAAGUUAUUUUUCAUAGACACAAGAUCACUGCAGCCAUUAUGAACGCAGGCGUGGCAUUUAUUUAGCUGCAGGGUAUAACCCCCAGGCACACAUGCUAAUGUAUGUCUGUAUGUACAGGAUACUGAGAGUCUUUGAGGCACUCAGCUGAGGAUCCUCUAACAGUAACCGUAUUCCCAGAAUGCACCUUUUUUACUCCUCACUAUGAUAUGGGUAAGAUUUGCCUUACAUGCGGCUCUCCCUGUUUGUUUACUAUCCUAGCAUCACAGAACCCAGCUGGAUGGAUGUAGACCUUAGGUCAGGACAGUCUACAGUAACCCUAGAAUUUUACGCGGUGAUGGGAUUUCAUUGGUAGCAUAAUGUCUCAGCCAUUUUCUCAGUUGUUACAACGUAUUUCUUGUUAUAUCACAUAGCGCUAACAGUUUUUUCAGGGAUCUGGUCUCUAGGUCGACAGUAACUAGGUCGACCACUAUUGGUCAACAAAAACUAGUUUGACAGGGUCUCUAGGUCGACAUGUUCUAGGUUGACAGGUCAAAAGGUCGACAUGUUUUUCACAAUUUUUUUCUUUUUUUUACCUUUUUCAUACUUAACGAUCCACGCGGACUACGAAUGGGAAUAGUAACCUGUGUCGAACGCAGUGGAGCAAGGCACCUUGCCCAAAGCAUGGCGAGUGCUAACACGAGCGAACAUGGUGCACUAAUUGGGAUCCCCGGUCACUGUACGGAGAAAACAACACAAAACCCCCCCCCCAUAAAAAACCUCAUGUCGACCUUUUGACCUGUCGAUCUAGUUACUGUCGACCUUGCACACCACACCCGUUUUUUCAUAUGUGUAUUUAGCUCACUCACAAUAUAUGUGCAGCUACAAUUGUAUACUCAUAAACCAUUUUUCCUCUUAAGGGCCCCAUACACUAGGACUGUGGUUUCCAAACUUUUUUGAAUCACGGCGCCCUAGAAUAUCAGAAUUUUUUUCACGGCACCCCUAGGCCAAAAAUUUCUUAUUGAGAAAUUUAGAAAGAAAUAUUACAUUAAGUAGAUCGCGUUUAUAUGUCAUCCUUAGGGUCAGCUGUGUGGUGAGGGACAAGAUUUGCUUCUGUUUGGCCACACAUUUUAUGACUGGCAGCCACCAGCUCUGGUUCUGCCUAUUAUAUUGACCAUGAAUAAUUUGAAUUGGUCCUGGAACACCAACCCAGGGCACCCCUGCAAGUGUCCAGAGGUACCCCAGGGAGCCACGGCACACAGUUUAGGAACCUCUGCACUAGGACGAUAAUGCCCGAUUUCAUUCGAUUUCGGGCAUUUGGCCCGAUAUAUCGGAUGAAAUUGGGCAUUUGAGGCGUUUCCGAGCCGAUGCACGUUUUCCUGAGCAUCGGAUCCUCCAGAUUGAAUGUGCUGCACAUUCAAUCUGGUCCAACCCUACAGGCAUGGCUGGGAUCGUCCAGGAUCGUCCAAGAUAUAUUGUAUGCAAAAGGACAGCAUACGAUGUAUCUUGGGCGAUCCUGCCCCCCCGGGAGGCUGCCGGGGGUGCACAUUAUGACUUCUGUUGUCCUACAUGAGGAGGGAGAGAGUGGACGCAAAUAGACUCCCUCCCCACCCCCCAUCGUUCUGCCUUGGACCAACUAAAGCUUUUGUGUAACGGGAACAUCUGUAAAAUUUUGUUACAUUAUAUUUGUUUUAUUCCUUUGUAAAAUCUUCUGCAGUUUUCAGCAGUGAAGCUAGGGAAAAUGAGCCCACAAGCCAACAAAUAACUGCUAAAUAUUCCACUUUCUGAUUCUUUUUGUCUAAGCGUUGGUUCUCAUCCAAGCAGCUGACUCUGUUUCCUGUUUCACAACUUCUAUUUUGUCUAGAAGUACAUUUGUUUCAUUGUUUCUGCUAUUGUUAUAUUUUUACAUAUAAAAACCUCAAAAUGUC